AUGGCAGCUUGUGCCUGCGGCCGAAGAGUGGUCGCAAAGCUGUGUCGGCUCGGCCGCUCCCUGUGGGCAAGUGGAGAAGGCAUCCUGGUUGCCGUAGUUGCCGUAGUUGCCGUAGUUGCCGUAGUUGCCGUAGUUGCCGUAGUUGCCGUAGUUGCCGUGGUUGCCGUGGUUGCCGUGGUUGCCGUGGUAACAGUGGUAGCAAUGAUUGCCGUGGUUGCGGUGUCGAAUGAAAUGCUGAUGGCAGUGGUUGUGGUGUCGAAUGAGUGGCUCAUGGCUGCGUUUGCGGCGUCAAGCAUUGCUGUAUUCAUAUAG